AUGUUUUGUCUUCGCAGUUGGCUUCCCCUCCUGUUUAUCCCGACAAACGCAUCGCCCGCCUUUAUCUUCCUCUUCUUCCUGUGCACGUACUUUCUCAACAGGCCAUGUUUUUACUGCUCAUUUCUCCUAAUUAUUCUUUUCCUCACAUCGUGCAACUGGUCCGACCGGUGCUUCCUCGAUCUCGGCAGUAAUUGGUUCCAAUCACUACCCCCGGCGAGCUAUAUAUACCUGCCCGCCGUUGCGGCACCGGAUACCGAAGCCAGCGCGGCCCCGAAUAACCUCGCCGCGUCUGUACGUGGUGGCGCCACGGCCACUACGGUGGUGGCUGAGAUGCUCAAUAUGACUGCUGGGACACUGGCUACUGCUGCCGCUGAGCGGAUAACGGGGGCGAGGAUCGAAUGGACAGGUCUUGGGCUAGAGUGGCUACGGAGUUUGUUGGGGAGGAGGGAGUGGAGGAUCGAUUGCAUGGACCUCUAUAUACGUUUGUAA